CAGGAGGCGGCGGAGCGGGGACCGGAGACCGGAGCGGGCCGGGCGGGGGCUGCCCCGUGAGCCGGUGCCGGCGGUGGAUGUGCGGCUGGCGCGAGGAGAUGAUGCUGGCGGGGCCGCAGCUGGUGGCGGGGCCGGCGGCGCCGGGCGGCGAGCGGGCCCGGCUGCUCUCGCUCUACGUGCAGGACUACCUGGAGUGCGUGGAGUCGCUGCCGCUGGACAUCCAGCGCAACGUGUCGCUGCUGCGGGAGGUGGACACCCGGUGCCAAGAAGCUUUAAAAGAAAUAGACGAUGUCUAUGAAAAAUACAAGUCUGAGAACGAUCCCGUUCAGAAGAAACGCUUGCAGCAGCAUCUCCAGCGUGCUUUAAUCAAUAGUCAAGAACUCGGAGAUGAAAAAAUUCAAAUAGUUACUCAGAUGCUAGAACUGGUAGAGAAUAGAGCCCGACAGAUGGAAACGCACUCUCAGUGUUUUCAAGAUCUGUCUGAAAACGACAAGCCUCUAGAAAAGGCGAAGAUGGAGUCCUGCCAGCCAGAGAGAUCUUCACGCAGGCCUCGUCGGCAGCGAACCAGUGAAAGCCGCGACCUGUGCCAUAUAGCAAACGGGAUCGAUGACUGCGACGAUCAGCCGCCUAAAGAGAAAAGAUCGAAAUCCUCCAAGAAGAAAAAACGCUCCAAAGCCAAACAAGAGAGAGAGGUUUCACCCGUGGAAUUUGCAAUUGAUCCCAAUGAACCCACUUAUUGCUUAUGUAACCAAGUGUCUUACGGAGAAAUGAUAGGAUGUGAUAACGAACAGUGUCCUAUCGAGUGGUUCCACUUCUCGUGUGUUGGACUCACCUAUAAACCAAAGGGGAAAUGGUAUUGCCCCAAGUGCAGAGGAGAUAACGAGAAAACUAUGGACAAAUGUACUGACAAAUCAAAAAAGGAUAGAAGAUCAAGGUAGUGAAUGCAAUUCGUGUUUUAAAGAGUUGCUCCUUUUAUAUUGAAAUGUUUAAUUUCCAGAGAAUGCUGUUUUAGGAGAUGCAUAAGACUAUGCAAUAAUUUUUAAUCUAUAAUAUUAAUGGAGUAUUAAAAGCUGUUAUACCUUCUGUGAUCUUUAACUUUCUGCACUGAGUAACCAAAUAGUUGAAACAGGGUGGCUUCAGACCUUCACAGAAGACGUUACAAGCAUACGGCGCUUGAUUGCAAUUUAACCCCGUUAGUAUUUUAAAAACAACGACUUGUGAAUCUUGAAAUAAUGGUGGUGGGAAAGAUACUGGAGAACUUCUUUUCACGUUAGGGAGAAGGCAGUGAAAUGCCUCACCUAACUGCUAUCAUCUUAACAGCUGCAUUUGUUCUUCAUCCCAUGUCUUAAGUUUCUGGUUUUUGUGUUAACAUCACGCAUCUAGAAAUAGGGGUUUUUAAUUUGGCUGUAACUGUAAAAGUCUUCCGAGCUAAAAGCAGACCUCUUCAGUGACUCUCGUAUGACCAGUAUGUUAUUUCAAGAAAGAAAAUACCACUAACUUAAGCUUUUUUUUUUUGUUGAUAUUAAACUAUUGUCUUUGUGACUUUACACUUGGGAGUCAAUUUCUGGAUUUGACAGACUUGUGGUGUAUAAGCAUUGCAUAUUCAUAGUGGGUUUUGUAGAGCAUACUUGGAGUUCCGUAGAGCAUCUUGAUGCGGUCUUUAUUAAGAUGUUUUUUUAUUUUGCCGCUGUCUAUAUAAGCCCAGAAGUGGUAGAAGGAUCCCUUGAGAGGGGAUGUAGACAUCUCAGGGAACAGCAAUUGCAAAUGUGAUGAGACUUUCAUCAUAAUCUCUAAAGAGCUGAAAUAUGUUUGAUUUUUCUCUGGGACAUUAGUUUUGCUUUUCCUUCAGUGGUAUUUUUUGGUGUGUGACCACACCCAGGUUUAGGCACAGCACCACAGUUCUUGGACUUCAGCAACUAUCUAAAAAGCCCGAAAGCAAAUACAAAAAUAAUUAAAAGAACAAAUAUAAGCAUGAUGGGAAUAGAGCAAGUAAACAAAUCCCAGCAGGUUUCUUACAGGCUUAGUAAUAGUAUUGUCCUGAAGUAUAAUGGUAAUGUCUAAACUUGGCUAGUAGU